AUGAAUCCCACUCAGAACGCUAAAUUUCCUCUGCAUGAGGCUGCUAGGGAGGGCAGAAAUGAAAUCGUUGAAUCUCUUCUCAACGCAAACCCCAAAUCAGCUUCUACGAAAGACGAUGACGACCGUCUUCCUAUUCACUGGGCUGUUGCUAAUAACCACCUAAAUGUCGUUGAGCUCCUGGUAGCCGUUAAGAAUUUUGACCCCGAUGUUGAAGAUGGAUCUGGUUGGACUUGUCUUAUGAUUGCGGCUAGUCUCAGAGAUGCUGCAGGUGAUGCCAUCAUCGAUUUACUUCUACGCAAAGGAGCCGAUGUGAGCAUGAAGAGCAACUCUGGACAGAAUGCUCUUCACUUUGCCACCUCCAAAGGCAACAUCUCGACGGUCCGAACUUUGAUUGCCAACAAGUGUAGUGCCCGAGUAAAAGACAUUCGCGGACAGCUACCAUUGCAUCGAGCCGCGGCAGUAGGCUCCGUUCCUAUUCUCAAGACUCUUCUAGAAGAGGGAAAGAGUCCUAUUAACGCAACUGAUGGUGAUGGACUUACAGCGCUACACCACGCCGUCUCUGAGGGUCACGGUGAUGCCGCAAUCCUGCUCCUGAAAUCUGGUGCGGAGGCAGACAAGAGAGAUAAUGAUGGUCGGCUGGCAGUUGAUCUGAUUCCAGAUGAUAAGCUAACACUGUAUAAAGGAAUGUGUAUGGCUAUUGACUUGAUCAAAAGAAAUGAAUGCCGCAACUUCGUUAUCCUCGAGAAGGGUAGUAGUGUUGGAGGAACAUGGAAUGACAAUAAAUACCCUGGUUGUUGCUGUGACGUUCUCAGCUCCUUAUACAGUUACUCCUUUGAGCAGAAUCCAAACUGGACAAGAGAAUACCCCGGUCAGGAGGAGCUUCAUGCCUAUUUAGUUCGCGUCGCUGAGAAAUAUGGACUCUAUAAACACAUCCGAUUCAAUUCAACGGUUGAAGAAGCAAGAUGGAACGAUACCGAAUCCAAAUGGCAAGUCAGCAUUAAAGUGACAGGGCAAAAGGACAGCGAGUUCUCCAGCGACUACACUAUCAACUCCGACUUUCUGAUCUCAGCGGUUGGCCAGCUUAACGCACCAAGUCAACCCAAUAUCCCGGGCAUCGAUGGUUUCCAGGGAAAGCUGAUGCACACUGCUCGAUGGGACUGGAGCUACAACCUGAAGGGCAAACGUAUCGCAAUUAUUGGCAAUGGCGCAACGGCAGUGCAAAUCGUCCCGGAGAUUGCCCCGGAAGCAUCACAUCUCACCGUCUUCCAGCGUACCCCAAAUUGGCUCGUCCCUCGCCUUGACGCACCAGUAUCAGCCCUGCAACAAGCUUUGUUAAAAUACAUCCCUCCGCUCCGUUGGCGUAAACGUGCCCUCCAGAUGGACUUCCGCGAGGCCAACCAUGAGGCCAUAUUUAAUGACGAGUCUGAAUCUGCGCAGCAAGUCCGUGACUUGAGUUCCACACUUCUGAAAUCUCAACUGGCUACCAAACCGGAGUUAUGGGAUCAGCUGACUCCAAACUAUGCACCUGGCUGUAAGAGAAUCAUCAUAUCUGAUGAUUACUAUCCCACUCUUGCACGCGAGAACGUCAGCCUGGAGACGCGACCUAUUACCCGCAUCACGGAAAAGGGCAUUGAUGUCGAUGGUUCCGGCGAACAAGAGUUCGAUGUUAUUCUGCUGGCGACUGGGUUCAAGACUGUUGAGUUUAUGUACCCUAUCGAAGUGUUUGGCGCCAAUGGAAGAUCCAUUGAAGAUAUUUGGAAAGACGGCGCAAAGGCCUACAGAGGCGUGACUGUUGAGGACCUGCCAAACUUUGGCAUGUUCUAUGGUCCCAAUACUAAUCUUGGCCACAACUCCAUUAUUCUCAUGAUUGAAGCUCAAUCCAGAUACCUGAAUGUACUGGUUGGAGAGGUGUUGCGAGCUAAGAAACAAGGGCAAAAGCUAUCUCUCAAGCCAACUCCAGAAGCGAUGAAAGAAUUCAAUGAUCGUAUCCAAGCAAUACUACAGAGCAGUAGCUUUGCAGACCCGAAUUGCGAUAGCUGGUAUAAAAGGGCUGAUGGCAUGAUCACUAACAACUGGUGUGGAACAGUUGUUGAAUACCAGGAGGAGUUGUCUCAGGUGCAAUGGGACGAUUAUAUUGCCAAUGGAUCUGCAAAAGAUCUCAUCGCUCACAAAAAGCCGACACAUCUGGGGAGAGUCAGGGAGGAGUCCUUGUUUACCGACUUGUCACUUCUUGUUGGCACUUUUGGCGCACUUGCUGCUGUUGGAGGUUACUUGAUCACUCGCCCUAAGUUGUUGAAGUCCCGUUGA